CGACAUAUUGGAUUGACGUCACUCAAUUUUAGCACGAAAGCGAGGCCACGCGUGGUAAACUAAAAUGGCGUCCGCUAGUAGCAACUCGGAGUUUUGGCACCGAAGUCUUCUAGAUCUCCCAGAGAUUUCAACCACAUUUAUUAAAGAAUUUUCGAAAAAAAGCCUUCCUAUUUUAGAAACCUUGAGCAGAGGUUACAAGUUCUUUCACGAAGACUAUAUUCACGAUGUAGAAGUAAAACUCAGUAAAGGUGACACUGCCAUCAUGGUCCGCUCAAAAUGCUAUCGAAGCAUGAAAAAAAAUGAAGAACCUCACAAACUGUCCGUCGUGUUCAKACGAACACAAACAACAACAAUAAUCGACCGAAAUCAGWGUAGCUGUGCCGCUGGUCAAGCCCUUUGCCAUCACGUACUUGGUUUGUUGUUUACUCUGGCGCAUUACCAAAUGCUGGGCUUGAAAAGUGUGCCACCACUGAUUUCCAAAACUUYGAAACCUCAGGUAGUAAUUUUAACCUACUGUAUAUAACAAAAAACUUGCAUGAACUAGCAAAUGUGCAAAGGAAUUUGUGAUCUAAAUCCUGUAUAGCAUAGUCUGAGAAAACCACGAGUUGUAAACUUAUGAUACAAAUUGCAGAAAAAGCAUACAUUUCCAAUUGUAUU